GUGGGUGUUGCCUUCUACCUCUGCGAGCGGGGAGGGGUUAGUUUCCCACAGGGGAUUUCAACCAUCACACUUGGAGCCCGCCUCCUAAUCCUCGGGCGGAGCGGCUCGGGGGCCCCAUUUUAUGGCAAUAAAGCGACUUAGCGCCUGCUGAGCGCGCCCCUCCCCGCCGCCGCCCCCGCCCUCGGCCCCACCCCGGGGCUCGCCCGCAGCGACGGGGCUUUGUUUCGGGGGAGGAGGACCCCGGAGCUCUUUUGUUUGGGGGGUUUGGUGUUUGCACCACCCCCACCCCCCCAGCCUCACCCCAUCCUCCCGCCCCCCCCUCUCCGCCACCUCACUCCACCCCACCCCACCCCACUCCACCCUACCCCACCCUACCCCACCCCACCCCACCCCACCCCACCCCUGCGCCUCUCCGGUUUCCUGAGCUGCGGGCUUGCAAGGGAAGGAGCGGCGGCGUCUUGCAACCCCCCUCGGCUGGGCCCCGGGGUAAUUCGAUGCGGGCCUGGCGAGGCUCCCCACGCUAGACCCGGGCUCGCGUCUCGGCAGCCUCCACCCACCGGCCCACCCUACAUUUAGCGCAUCAUGUGAUCCGGGGGAAAUGCUACAGAUCCAUUCCCAGAGUUUCUGAAGUCCUUCUGCAUUGCACACAAGGAUCGAUGUGACUCUAGAAACAAAUGGAUGAAUGAAUAUCCCUAUGAAGAGGAAAGCAAUAGAGAAUAUCAACCCCUUUGAGAACAGAAUGUUAAUGCUUGAUGGGAUGCCGGCAGUCAGAGUCAAAACAGAGCUUCUGGAAUCUGAACAAGGGUCUCCAAACGUCCACAACUACCCAGAUAUGGAAGCUGUUCCCCUGUUGCUAAAUAAUGUGAAAGGGGAGCCCCCGGAGGACUCGUUAUCAGUAGAUCACUUCCAAACACAAACCGAGCCAGUGGACUUGUCAAUCAACAAAGCCAGAACAUCCCCCACAGCUGUUUCAUCCUCCCCCGUUUCCAUGACAGCGUCUGCGUCCUCACCUUCGUCUACUUCAACCUCUUCAUCGUCCUCUAGUCGUCCAGCCUCAUCCCCAACGGUUAUAACAUCAGUAUCUUCAGCAUCAUCCUCGUCAACAGUAUUAACUCCAGGGCCCCUUGUUGCCUCGGCCUCUGGCGUGGGAGGCCAGCAGUUUUUGCACAUCAUCCAUCCCGUACCGCCUUCAAGUCCCAUGAAUUUACAGUCUAACAAACUGAGUCACGUUCACCGCAUCCCUGUGGUGGUUCAGUCGGUGCCUGUUGUCUACACAGCUGUGCGGUCACCUGGAAAUGUGAACAACACUAUUGUCGUGCCGCUUUUGGAGGAUGGGAGAAGCCAUGGCAAAGCACAAAUGGACCCCCGAGGCCUAUCUCCCAGACAAAGUAAAAGUGACAGUGAUGAUGAUGACCUGCCAAAUGUGACCUUAGAUAGCGUUAAUGAAACCGGAUCUACGGCCCUUUCCAUAGCCAGAGCAGUGCAAGAGGUACAUCCAUCCCCAGUAUCAAGAGUCCGGGGAAAUCGAAUGAAUAAUCAGAAGUUUGCUUGUUCAAUUUCACCAUUUAGUAUUGAGAGCACAAGGCGCCAGAGACGAUCCGAGUCCCCUGACUCCAGAAAAAGGCGUAUCCACAGAUGUGAUUUUGAGGGAUGCAACAAAGUCUACACAAAGAGUUCUCACCUGAAGGCGCAUCGAAGGACACACACAGGAGAGAAACCCUAUAAGUGUACCUGGGAAGGCUGCACCUGGAAGUUCGCUCGUUCGGAUGAACUGACAAGGCAUUACCGCAAACACACGGGAGUGAAGCCAUUCAAGUGCGCGGACUGUGAUCGCAGCUUUUCCCGCUCCGAUCACUUGGCACUGCACCGCCGGAGACAUAUGCUGGUGUGAGGAAUGCGACCUGUCCAGCCGCGCGUAGGAGCUGGAUCUCUUAGCAGCACCCAAUUCAGCCGGGCUGAAUCCUCUCCACAGUGUUAACACAAAAAAGAGCACCCUCAGCCCACAACAUCUGAAACCAGAGCGGGGGAAAAAGAAGCCCCACUUCUCCUUAUGGUCAGAAGGUAAAACCCCUACCCCGACUCCAUGAGAAAUGUCUCCACGCUGGCCUGGAAGAUGGGUGGCACCAACGCUGAAGAGACAGGCAUUAUUUUUCCGUGCUGUGUCCUCUGCCACUUGCAGAUGUUUGUAGCUUGUACAUUUUUCUGAGCGGUCAGACAUUUUUCUUGUUGCUCCUUUUGAGGUCAUUGGCCACACUUGGAUGGCUCCAGCAAGACCUUCUUAAAUUGGGAUCCCCCCCUCCCAUCACCCACCCAUCCUUCACCCCUUUUCCCAGCAAUUUUAGUUACCACCUAAGUAAGCUAGAACACACAUCCCAUCUGUUACCGGCAAGCAUGCAAAAAAAAAAAAGAAGAAGCUGUUGGCAAGAGGUUCCAAUGCCUGCAAGUUAAGGGGCCCACAGGCUGCCUUUGCAAUAGUGAUGGUGGCCCCUAGGUACCACUCCCAACUUGCCAUUAUGCCAUGCCCCGAAGAGAACCAACAUUGACUCUUUCAUUUGUUUGUUGUUGUUUUUGUUUUGUUUGGAUUCUGUUUUGUUCAUCUGUUCACGCAGAGGGGCAGCGAUGAUAUUUCAGUUGGAGUCUUGUCCCCAUGUCUGCCCUAGCAUAGACGGGCCCGGAGCUGUUGUGUUGUUGAAUAGGAAGAGCCUGUCUUAAAAAAAAAAAAAAAAAACUACUGCCCCACUUCAAAUUGCAGUGUUCUGUCACCUAGGCAUCACUUCUGCCUGCCCCUAGUAUUUGAUUACAAGGAAUCGGGGGAGAAAAAAAAAAAAACUUUCUUAGACACACUGGCACCAAGGGACGAGGUGGGGCUGCCCCGGCAAAGUCAGUGAACGUGAAUUAAAAAAAAAAAAAAAAUCAGACAAAGCAGAGAUGGAAAUAAUGCGCCUCCUGAGGAGAAAAGCAAUAAUGAAUAAAAGGACUUUCCUACAAUAACUUCACUGAGGAGUCACGUUACCAAUUUUCAUACUUACUAAAGGGAUUGUAAAAAACACCCCAGCAUUUUAGAUGUCUUGGUUACGUUCACAGCACUGAGGUAAUCUUUCUGCUGUUUGUUGUCCUGCUCGGUUGAGCACCACAAUUAAAGAUUAUGCUCUCCUCCCCGGCCUCCCUCCCCCCCACCCCUACCUGCUUUUUGUUUGUUUGUUUGUUUGUUUGUUUGAAAACAGUUAUUUGGUGACUGGAAAGGCCAGGGAAGGCAGGACGGAGAAUUAACUCUCGGGUUAAUGGGUCAGUUGUCCCUGGCACUGAGUCGGUGGCAAGGGGGUGCCCCCUGAGGAAACCCUGUCUUGGUACUAGUUUCCUCACAGGGAGAGUUGCCGACCAGGACUCCCCACAGGAGUUUUGUUAGUCUCCAUUUUCUGAAGCAUAUUAGGCUCUUCCUGGGCCCUUUCAGGGAAGUGGAACCCGCUCAUCCUGUGCCGAGGGUGAGAGGAAAUUACAGUCCCGUCAGACCCCUGAAAUUAUGAGCCUUUUUUGCAGCUAGCAAAGUCUACAGUAAACAGAGCAAUACAUCACCAACAGGCAUUCUUUCAAGGAAAUUAAACUGAUCCUAUAUUUCCCCUCCACCACCACCACCACGAAAAGCUUCGGCUUUAUGUGGUAAAGGGGCUUGGUGAGAUUGUUUUGUUAUUGUUGUUAUGACUUUUUUAUAGCUUAGAUAUAAAAGGUUGCCAGCAUAGACCUUCGCAGUCUAUUUUAAUGACAAAUACUUGAUUUGGGGGAUUGCACAAAAGAACCUCACAUUCUUACUAGCUCCGUGUUUAUAUGUUUGAACAUUCUGAAAUCAUUUCCGGUUAUAGAGUUGUCUUUUUUUUUUAAGAUUAUCUUAUUCAUUUAGAAAACCAUACUCUGAAGAAGCAAAAGUUAUAAACACUGAAACAAGGGUCAUUUGUGUUGGAUGGUAUUAAAAGGACCCUUUUUUUUUAGUGUCCAAGCAACAACAUCAUGAUUUUUCAGGUCAGAUUCUGUCUUUACCAAUAUGUGCUGUACAUUUUCUGCCAGGUCUGAAAAAUUCAUCAGGCAAUCUCCCUCCCCUAAGGGCUGCAGUUCUAUUGAUAACUAGCUUCUUUUGCUACUCAAUCUGCUAGCACCAGGCACCGUUUUGGUUAUUUCAUUUUACCAACUGGAAGUUCAUGAUCUGUACUGUAUAUAGCCACUCGUACUUCACAUUGCCAGUGAUUUCAGAAUUGAAGAAGGCUUCUUCAGGCACGCUUGCAUUGUUUAUUGCUGGUCACGCAGAGUGUCCCGGCAACCAUGACAUUGUCUUUCUGCUAGCCCGGAGACUGAGACGUCAGCAGUGAGUGAAUCACUCAAGCGAGGUGUAGACUUGAUGGCAUUCUGCCUGUCCUCCCAAGAAUGCCUCAUCCUCUUCUCCACUGAGCGAUGUCUUAGGGUUGCAGGUAGAAAUGGCUUUCAGAAUUCACGGAACUGGCAGGCAGUGGGAGCUUCCUGAGUGACAGCUAGAUUUAAAUUUAGCACAGAACUCGAUGAGCUACCCCUCUCUAAGCACACGGGGAAGAUGCAUGGAAGUGAGCUUUUGCCCUUCCCAUUCUGAGUGUGGAAACCAGACUGAGAUAGUACAUGAGCUGAUAAAACCUGUCGGUGUUACGCCAUGUCCCCGUGUGACAUGUGGACACUUCUCAGGAGGAAUCCAAGCACAAGUAGUGAAGACGUUGCAAGAGCUCAUCCAGGACUGACCCUUAGCUGGUUGGGGCUGGUCAUGAGAUAGACUCCAUUCUUCUUGGUGGUUUUUUUUUUUCUUUUUGCCACAAGUGUUUGCCCACAGAAAGGAAAGUGAUUUGGGAGACAAGGAAUUGGAAUUUUUUAAGUUGGGCUAUCUUCCAACAUGGGAAGGCCUAGCCUGUGGCAUGCUCAUUCCAGCCUCUUAAAAAGCACAGUAAAUGAGGAACAGCAGAAAAGAAGUAGAAUCCAAAGGACUCCUCCGUUGUUCCCUAUUUGGGAGCAUCCAUUGUUUUAAACUUCUAUUUGUUGAGGGUGUAUAUGUGUAUUUGGGGAACUAUUCACAGGUGGCUGGAGUGGCUUAAGAAGCUACUGUCAAACUGUCUCUCUUCAUAGAGAUAGAACUCAAGGAGGUUCACAUGUUAACUUUUAACUUCCGAAACAGCAUAAGGAUGAUAGUCAGACAUGGAGGUUUUCAUAGAGUCCUUCCCCAUAUUCUGACCUUAAGUCACUUGGGAAAAGAUACACUUUCCCCCUUCCACCUCCAGCCCCUUGUGUUAUUUGUGUGUGGACUCUGAGAAACCUGCUUGAUAGUUUGUCUUAAGUUCUAUUAAGACAUUUAGACUGAAAUUCAAAUUCCUGAUGGCUUUACCAUAAAGAGUAUACUACUGCCUGACAAUACUUUUUGAAACACUAUAGGACAUUUAUUUUCAAAAGCAGUUAAGUAGCAGUAAUGUAAACCACAUUUUUAAUUUAAAGAUAGCACUUUUGUUCACUUUAAAUUUUAAGUGAAAAAUAGGAAGAAGAUUGUGGGGGUAGGGGUCUUACAGAAUGCUACAGCAUUUACAGAUAUGAGUUCUAGGUGAUUAGAAAGGCUAUUUUAAUUAUGGUUGCAAUUUGGUAGAACUGAUACUAAGGUUGUGUUCAUUUUUAUACAAUUUUUUAUCUGCAAAUUGUCAUUUUUGUUUUAAACAUAAAAUAAUUCUGCACUUUGAUAUAAGUUCAGUAGAGUUAUAACAUGUAUAAGGAUAAAGAUACAGUAUUCUUUUGUCUGUACUUUAUUUAUUAUACUUACCAAAGCUGUAAGUGAAUAAAUCUGGUGAGGUGAGGCCUUCAAAUGUAUUAAUACGCCUUUGUUAUGUUAUUAUGACUGCUUAGAAUGAGAGCCUCAAUGUUCUUAUAAAGGAGUCUUGCCAUUUACAGUAAGGAUUGACAGAACUUAAAGCAGUGUUAUGAUACCAGCAUCCAUGUUACACUGAGUUACACAGUCUUCAUAAAAAGGACUGAAUGUGAGCUAAUUCUUAGGAAUCAUAAGGGGCCCCAAAAGCCUUAAUACUCAUAGUCCUUCCAUAAUCCAAUCUCAGAUUUUGUUCUUUAUUAAUAGCUAUAGGGUUAGAUGAUACAUGUAUUUUACCACUUUAUUGACCAAAUCUCUUCCUUUGGCUUUCUGAGUGCAGUGUAUCUCAUUUAAAACAAUCUUUCCACUUCAUUAGGUUUUGUUUCCCAAAAGGGGGUCUCGUGAGUCAUGUCUUCCACAGUACAUUUCUAGCUAAUCCCACACUGCCUCCCACUUACUUGUACAGGCACCCCCAAAACAUGCACACUUGUAUACACCUGUAUAUACAACAGCCAGUGAGCUUAAAGAUGUCAACAAAGAACUUUUUUAAAAGAUUGAAUUUGUAAUAAUCUCUGCUGUCUAGAGAUGUAAGUAAGUUAUUUACCUUAUUAGGGAAUCAGCUUCUAAUGCUAUAUAUGACUUUGCCUGCAUUUUAUAGUUUAAAAAGUGUACAUAAAAAUUUAAAAUGCUAUAUUUUCACAAUUUCAUUAUAGAGUAAUGUCUGUUUAGCAAUUCAUGUCCAUUAGUACUUUAAAUAUGCUAAAUACUGUGCAAUGGCAAUAGAAAUUGAGAUUUUCUUAAGAUGAAAUAGGAGGGUCCUGCAUCUUUGGGGGGAAAAAAUUACAGAGUGAAGAUAUUUUACUGUAUUCGUAAUGUGUGAUAGUGGGAAAAGUAUUUUCAAACUCACAAAUUUUACAGAGGUUGUAAAUAGUUUGAUGAAGUAUGUUGGGAAAAAAAGAGCUUCUAGUUUUCAUCACAAUAAAAAAAAAACUUGUUCAGAUAUGCCUUGUAUAUCUUAUGACAUAAUGGACGAUAUUGCUGUGGGAGUUGUGUUCCACUUCAUCAGAUCACUUGCUUUGUGCUCCAACAAAAUGCAGUGGCCACUGUCUGUGUCUUGCCACAGUGAUUUAGACACAGGGAAGUACUUUUACAGUGUAGACCACUGAUCCCAACUCACAGGGUCUUUCCUAAGAAAUGGAAAACAGCUGCAUGGGAUUUUCCUUGGGCUGAAGAGAAGCAUCUUAUGAUCAUUCUCUUUUCUCAGCCUGCUUCCUCUCCAAUGAUGAAGUAGUUCUUGGUAUAAAAACUCUACAGGUGUUUACUCUUGUUUAAUUCCAGAAGAAAUACUCGUAGGAGUAGCGACAUGUUAACAAGAUUAAGUGCUAUGGAUAUAGCUACGUGUUAAAUGAAUCUGUACUGGCAAUAAGAAUAACCUAAUGCCCAUCUUCAAAAAUGAGUGAAAAGCUCAAAGUGCCUGUCAAUAAACUUUAUGAACAAUAAGAUAUUCGUAUACUUUUACAUAGCAAUAAUACAUCACCCCAGUGGGUUUUUCUUUCACAUUUGAGAAAAACGUAUGCAUACAAGCAUGCACACAGAUUCAACACUAACUUGAAUAUAUUCAUAAACCCACAAAAUAUUCUUUGGUUUCUUUUAAAUAACCCUAUGUUCAGUUAUAGCAUCUCUUCAGUCUUUCUUACUUAAAGAAUUUAAGAGUGCAGAUCUGAAUGUUAAGCUUAUCUUAAAACACAUACUACAUAAUAGCAAUUACAACUUUCAGAAUAAAAACUUCACUUUGUUUCCCAAAAGUUACGAAGCACUGUAUAACUUGAAAAGUUUUGCUCAGUUAACAGAGGUCAAUUUAUUCAGAGCAGAACACUGAGGAAUAUUUGUCUUGUUUUGAUAUUGCUCACUAUCUAAUAAUGCACAGAUCUUCUCUUUACAUCUCUUUACUUUCUUUUUUCUCUAAUAGUCCCCGUUACUAUCUAAGAACUAUUUUCAGUAUGAAUAUAAACAAAAUCGGUUCUCCCAGGAAAGUCUUCUGAAGUAUGACUGAUGCUGAAACUUAGUCUUCCAGCAAGGCUUGCAGCUAGCUCUAGACCUGACUUACAUUUAGAACUUUACUGUGUUUUUUUCCUAUAAUGAUUUUGUUGCUAAUGGCGGAGUCCUGUGUAGAAAUACAGGAAAUUAUAUGAAUAGUCAAGAGUCCUGGAAAAGUUCCAGCUUUACCAUCUCAGAGCACAAACCCACCCAAACAAGCCGUUGAGCUAUCAGUAAAAUUACACUCUUUCAGAGCCAAAAAUUUGGUAAGAGCAAUUUUAAAAAUAUAAUUGUCAUUAAAUACUCAGACCUGAGACAGUGAAGACUCUCGUGAUGGACAGUAUUUUUGAAACUAGACCUCAGGCCUCGAAAACCAUCUCUUUCCUCCAAGUUUCAGAAAGAAGGACAUGGGCCAGGACACAGGGUGUAAAAGAACCCAUUAUUUGUCAGAUGAAAGCACUGGGUUCCUUCAUCUUGCUAAAAUCCAGUUUUCUGAAAGUACUAAAAUAAUUUGGAAGGUCAGAAAUUCAGCAAAGCAUAAAAAUAAACAUUCAUCAUUGAACACUGACUAUAUUUCAAGCUCUAUACUAGAUAAUUUUUCUAUGUGUUGCUUCUAACCUGUAUGAAACUUCUACAUUUUAAAUAUAGAAACCUGAGGCCUUGGGGGGUGUUGAGACUGAGUUCUCCACAGAUUCGAUGAAAGGCAGAGUGGGGUAGCACUAUACUUAGCCCUGGCUCUGAAAUCUAUGCUGUCCACUACACCACUCUGCACACGUGCUCCCAGCAGCCAACUUUCCAUAUUUCUAUCUCUCUCAUAGUUUUUAAUAUGGGUGCAUAGUAAUUCUAUUUUCCAAGUUAGAUUUAGGGACCUGAUAGAGCACAGGAUUUGACAGAGGUACAGAAUAUUUUCAGUCUUCUGGAAAGAUACCCAUGAGUGAUCAUCUUGCACUAAGGUAGCCAAACAAGUCUCCCUGAUCUUGUCCUUUAAGUCUGGAGACCCAGAAACCCAACACCCUUCCAUCUUUGGUAGCAUUUUAGCCUGAGUGAGUUUUCUCCAUGUUACCUAUUUCUUUGUAUGUAUAAUAGAAACCUUUUCCCCUCUAUGGACCUGGUAGGGGCUGCUUCAGGUCUGUUUGAACCUGCAAGGACCUAGUUCCUAUCGGGGCUCACCCCAGAGUCGUGAAUGGGGUGGGAGUCACACUCGAAGGAUGAGUAAGGACAGAGAAGGUGUCCUUUCUGCUCAGUCACCUUCACCUAACAGUAGCCCCUUGGAGUGUUUUUAAGUAGUCUUCUAAAUAAUUUAUUUAGAGUACUGUUGUAAGUUGGGUGAAUUUUGUGUCCGAAGCUGUCCUAUAUCAGAGAAAGGACCUCUUCCCCACUCCCUUUUCUGUGGAGAACAAGGUCUCUGACAGUAUUGAUUCAUGGAAGUACUAAUGGACUUAGAAAACAUUAAGAGAAUGUCAUUUCUCAUGCCAUUUUUUUUUCUGAAAAUGAAUCUUCUGAAUUAUGAUCGUUCUCCCUGUUCCCUGGCUGAGAGAAGAGAUAAAACCUGUAUAAACAAAUUCCCUUCCAUGCUGAAAGCCAGGGGGCUGUGUGCAGAACACAGCGGAAGGGACUCUUCUCCGCUAAUUGGGUCUCACAAACAGCCAUUUCUCAACAACAAAACCACAGCUUUAAGUGAGCUGAGGAGAGAUGAGGAGUGGAAAUUGUCACAUCAGUGCUUUUUUUUUUUUCUUUCUGGAUUUUAUCUCUAGAAAUUUAAAAUGUUUGCCAAGACAGAGCCUUCCCUUUGUAUACCAAGUAAGAACCAGUGAUUUUGUGUAAAUUAUCCUAUCUUGCUUUUUUCCAAAGCACACUUACCUAGCUAGACUUGCACUGAGACUCAUUUUCAUUGAAAAAUGAGGGUGACUGGGAGGGUAAAAUCGAGAUCAAAUUCUAGUAAAAGUGCCCAUGUUAUUUAAAAGGAAGAUAUUUUAGGGACUUACCUAUAAGAUCCCUUUCAGCUAAGCAGGCUCCAAAGACAAAGUGUAAAUCAUUGAAGAAAAUACUUUUGCCCUUCCUACUGCUAGCUUUAGCCCAUAGCAGACUUCUGUAACUUGACCCAGGCUAAAAGGUAUAUUUUGUUCCCCAAACCUGAAUACAAUGGAUGGUAAUUGUUGAACUGGGGCACUGGUGCCUAUAUUGAAGGCUCUUUCCUAUCAACUUGUCUGUCCACAAUUUGUCGUGUUGAAAAAUUCAUUUUUUUUAAAUCACCCUCUUCCCUCCCAUCCCCAUGGAAUGGUGGCUGUUUUGUUUUGUUCAUGUCUGCGUGGACACGUAUCACAUGGCAAGCCAACUCUCCCGUGGAGUGGAAGUGAGAUAACUACUUAUAAAACCAGCUCAAAAAACAUCCUCUUUGCGUAUUAUGUCAUCCUGCAUCAUAAUGCAAUUAUGUGUACCAUAACACGCUCAUUUUAAGAAGAGAGAGAGAAACCAGCAAAUCCAUGUUUGUCCAUAGAAGAAUGUACUCAGAACUUUGUGUUGUGAAACGAUGAGAACAGACCACCUUUAGGAUACCCACCUGCCACUUAAAAUGACUUAGUUAUAAUUAGUAGCAGUCUAGACAUUGCUCUUGGUGUGUGUGUGUGGGGGGGGGUCAAUUGGAACGUCAUAUUGCUUUGAAGGUAUCUCUCAGCCGUAUUUGAAAAAAAAUCAUGGGAAAUAAAGAAAAAUAAUAUCUUUGGCCAAAUCAAGCAGGCAUCUUUUUUUCCUUUUUCUUGACACUUGGCUUAUUUUACAUGGUGAUUGGAUCACAAGAGCUGUGUAAAAAAUACAAAAACAUCCUUUAGUUUACAAAACAGUUAUUCUAGGCAUGAAGUCUCUGAACAGCAAAUUGAAUAGAUGGGCUGCAUCCGAUUCACUUGAUGGAUGUAAUUUUCCAAAAGACUCUUGGGUCUUAAGCCCAGAAUUGUGCCCACAGGAGGUCUUACAUGUUAAAGGAUAAAAUCCCCCCAAUGAUGCUAGCAAAUGUGUUAAUUUUUUAAAUAUUCUCUUUUGGUUUUUCUCUUCAGAGUUUUAAUUGCAAAUUUAUUUCUCCAGCUUAUCUAAAGAUCUAAUUUCCCAAUAGUUUCCUCUGCAUUUAUAUACUCUGUAGUGUUUAGGCAACCUCUUGUUAUAAGUUUAUUAAUAUUAUGUAAGUGUUGUUCUUGUAUUUAUGUAUAGUGUAUGUAUUGUAAAUAUACUCAGAGCUUUUUUUCCUUUUACUGUAAAAUGGUGAUUUUUUUUUCGCCCUAUGAUAAUGUAAAGGGAGACCCUCCUAAUGAGAUUCUCUCAGAGGAUGAUUAUUCCAGUCUAUUCUCAGAGAUUUAAAUGAACAAGUGUUAUCGUUUUUAAUGGUGUCUCAGACAUAUUCUGUUGGUGCAUUGCUUUUCUGUAUUCAACUUUCCUAUGAAUUGAGCUGUGAACCGAAAUAGAGUUUAAACCUUUAACUGUAUGCAUUUGUAUAAUUAUCUGAAUGAAGGCAUGAAGGUUAAAUAAAGCAUUUUGUAUGGAACAAAACUCCCUAAUUAUUACUAAGGCUGACUCAGACACUUUGGAAAUCAU